UUUCCAAUAAUAAGCACCCAAAAAGCUAGUACACAAUUUACGUACUCAAAGACCAUAUAUAGCUGAAACAUAGAAAAAAAAAUCUAAAGACCAUCUUUGAAACAGUAGUAUUAUGAGUUAUAGUUCCCUAAGCAAAUUACUAACCAUGAUUAUGGUUCUUGUCAUGCUAUCCAUGUCUAUGACUAUGGUACGAGGCCAAGGGACUCGUGUUGGAUUUUAUUCUAGUACGUGCCCUAGAGUCGAAUCCAUCGUUCAAUCAACAGUGAAGUCUCAUUUUCAGUCCGAUCCAACGUUGGCACCAGGACUGCUGAGAUUGCACUUCCACGAUUGUUUUGUACAAGGUUGUGAUGGUUCUAUCCUCAUUGAUGGUUCAGACGCUGAGAAAAAUGCCCCCGGGAAUGGCGGCUUGAGAGGAUUCGAGGUUAUCGAUGAUGCUAAGAAACAGAUUGAAGCUGUUUGUCCUGGAGUUGUCUCUUGUGCUGACAUUCUUGCUCUUGCUGCCCGUGAUGCUGUUGUUUUGACCAACGGAGCUAGUUGGGUUGUACCAACGGGACGUAGAGAUGGGCGAGUUUCAUCAGCAUCUGAUGUUAAUAACUUUCCAAGCCCUGCUGAUUCCGUUGAUGUUCAAAAGCAAAAGUUUGCUGAUAAGGGUCUCACCACUCAAGAUCUUGUCACCCUUCUUGGGGGGCACACUAUUGGAACAACAGCUUGCUUUUUCUUCAGCGACAGGCUAUAUAACUUCAACGGCACUGGUCGUCCUGACCCAUCCAUAGACCCAACCUUCCUUCCUCAACUUAAAUCAAUGUGCCCUAAUGGCAGCGGUAGCUUGAACCGAGUGGCACUAGACAAUGGCAGUGAGAAGAGUUUUGACAACUCAUGGUUCUCCAACCUGAGGAAUGGUCGUGGAAUUCUGGAAUCAGACCAGCUGUUGUGGACUGAUAGUUCCACCAACACUUUUGUCCAAAGGUUCUUGGGUGUGAGGGGAUUGCUUGGGUUGACAUUCAGCGUGGAGUUUGGCAAAUCCAUGGUUAAAAUGAGUAAUAUUGGUGUUAAGACUGGUUCUGAUGGUGAAAUUCGUAAAGUUUGCUCUGCCUUCAACUGAUCAUAUAGACUAUAUAUCUUUAGGAUUCUACUAAGUGCUAUACAACACUUCCAAAUGUUGUUAGUGGCAUUACCAAUGGAAAAAGUAUUUAAUAGAGAACUAAUUAGUGUUUUUUUGUAAUAAUUCUAAGUGUCCAAUAGUCAACUAUCUAACACUAUCA